CUCAGUAUCUGUUAUUCCGAUAUAUUUACGAGUGGAAGAUAAAGCAGCACGGGCACAGCACCAGAAGUGUGAGGAAGGCCAAGGAUGGGGCACCCAGCCCUCCCGUGUGUCUGUGGUGGUGGGAAGCCUGUUGGCCCCAUUGUAUUCCCCGGCAGCUGUGACCUUCUCAGGGAUCAUCAAGGAAUCCAGCCUCCUGUUUGAGAUUCCAGGAGGACCAAGCAUCCAGGGAUAGGAUCUAAACACCAUCAGACCGACGAAGAGCGAACAAGGCUCCAUCACACCCAUGAGAAACAUGGGAGGGAAGGAGAAGACGCUUUUGGUCAUUGCAAAUGUGACCGGUUACCAAGGGUCGGAUAAAACUCUGUGCAGUGACAACAGGAAGAAGAAUGGCAAAUCCUCCUCAGCGGUACCACCACCUAUUCCUAUGUCUCCCAUUGUAGAGAAGAUGGAGGGUCUGAAGGCCAUCCGUAAUCGUAGCAACAGCCUCCGCCUGGGUCGCCUGGCAUUUUAUCGACAUCUGGAGAAGGUGGAGACGAUGCGAUGCUUUUGGGAGCUGAAGCACGUGGAACUGGAAGGCGGCAGCCAGCAGGUAAAAGACGCCAAGUCAAAAGAUGAAAAAGACAAAGAUAAAGCCAAAGGAAACCUGAAGGGCGUAAAGAUCCAGAAGAAGAGGAAGACUCAUGAUGGAUCAGAAUCCCCAACUUCGAAUGAGCCAGUUCUACAAGAAAAAGUGGAGGAGCUGAAUCGUCAGAACACUGAGCUGUCUGUUUGUGAAAGCCAAAGAGAAGAAGAAGGGAAGCCCACAGAACUGAUCCUCACUGCUCCAGACCUGCCCUCCACCUGCUCAGGAGAGACACAGAAGAGUGAAAGAGAAAAAGAGGAAGAGGAGGAUGUGUUUGAAGACUCGGAGUGUGAGGAAGAUAAACCCAAAACAGAGACGGUUCACACUGAGGAGGAUCAAGCAGCAAAGGAUGACGAGAAAGCUGUCGAAGACAUUCCAGCUCAGAUCUGUAACACCGCGCUAGGGUCCCAAGAAAGUAAUGAAGAUGUUGGCGAUGUGGCUUCAAGCAGCAAGAGGCGGGGCACUGAGGAAGAUCUGGUGAAAGAUGAUUUAAAAAAGAGUCGUGUUGACGAACACAACAAAGAAGAAUUAACUGACGAAACUGAACAACAGGCUUCUACAUCUGAACCAGAAAAAUCAGAAACAGAGGAGGCAAAGACAGAAGAGGGCAAAGAAAAAGACUUUAACAUAGAUUUUAGCCCACCACCAUCUGCUCCUUUUGACCAUCGCAUUGUAACGCCAAAGCCACAUCAAAUUGCCACUUACUACACAAUCAACAGAGAGGAGGUACUAGGAGGGGGCCGUUUUGGACAAGUCCACAAAUGCAUAGAGAAUUCUUCUGGCCUGACUUUAGCUGCCAAGAUCAUCAAAGCCCGAAGCCAAAAAGAGAAGGAGGUGGUGAGAAAUGAGAUCCAGGUGAUGAACCAGCUCAACCAUGCAAACCUUAUCCAGCUGUACGCCGCCUUUGAGUCCCGCCACGACAUCAUCCUGGUCAUGGAGUAUGUUGAAGGAGGAGAGUUGUUUGACCGGAUCAUUGAUGAAAACUACAAUCUCACUGAACUGGACACAGUGCUGUUCAUAAGACAAAUAUGUGAAGGUCUACAGUACAUGCACAAGAUGUACAUUUUACAUCUUGAUCUUAAACCUGAGAAUAUUCUUUGUGUUAGCAGAGUCACAAAUAAAAUAAAAAUUAUUGACUUUGGUCUGGCCAGAAGGUAUAAGCCCAGAGAAAAGCUGCGCGUGAACUUUGGGACGCCUGAGUUUCUGGCGCCUGAAGUCAUCAACUAUGAGUUUGUUUCAUUCCCAACCGACAUGUGGAGCCUUGGUGUGAUCACGUACAUGCUCCUCAGCGGUCUGUCUCCGUUCUUGGGGGACGAUGAUAAUGAAACGCUGAACAACAUUUUGGCGUGUCAGUGGAACUUUGAGGAAGAGGAGUUCACGGACGUGUCUGAUGAAGCCAAAGACUUCAUCACGCGUCUGCUGGUGAAGAGCAAGAGCUGGAGGAUGAGCGCCACCGAGUCCCUCAAGCACCCCUGGCUGUCAGACCAGGAACUGCACUACAAACUAGACCAGAAGAAAAAUAAGUGCCACUCAACACAUGCACCUCCACCAGAGAGCUAGACGGAACCACAAAGAAGACCUCUGCAUGUUUUUCACAACCUGGGCCAUGGAGCCUACCACUGGACCAAUGCUGCUUACCUGUGAUGCUGUUUGGCUACUGGAAACUACUCUGUGCUUUGCAAUUUUAUGUUUAGGUCUAUAGUUCUGGCAUGCGGCACAAAAUUUAAUUAUUAUAACAUUGUAAUUGUCCUGAAAAAAGCACAAACCUGUGGCUCAGUGAAUGUUGCAUUUUAGUAUCUCAUUACUGGAGCUGCCUAGACGAAACCGUUUGGUUGGUUACCUGAUACAGUGAACACAAAUUUAAGUCAAAAAAUAAUUAUUUGACACCCCACUUGUUCAUUGCAUUUAUUGCACUUUUUGAUUUCACACUCAAAUAAGUUUAAGUUUAAAUAAUUUUGUGAAUAAUCUUUCUUGAUUUCUUUCUUUCUUGUCAAGUCUUAUAAAUUGUUAUUGUGUUCUCAAUAGACAUGUUUUAGUAUCCUGUUAAUUAAUUUAUUUGUAUAUAUAUCACUUUACACACAACUCUCCCUUUCCUAAAGAAUGAGGCCAUUGUAUUUGUAGACACAUCCUCUUGUUUAAUAUCACCCACCCUCAGGCAACAGACACUGAAAGAUCCUAGAUGGUGCCAUAUCUCAUGCCUAAGUCACCUUUUAAGUAUUUUGUAAUGAGAUUAAUACUGGUAAUAGUAAUGUUUAUAUAAAUUAAACUAUGGCCUUCCCAUUUCCACUUUUACAACAGACCCAUCAUAGACUGCUGGCCCAUUGCUUUUCACUGUCACCAUGUGUGCCAUAAGUGUGCUUUGGCUAUUUGGAGUAGCGAUCUCACCUUCCAUGAAGGCAUACUGAACAACAUAGUACUACCUACUAAUGAUUCAUUUAUUUCUUAUUGCAGUAGUUUCAGAUGUUCAUUUAUUUACUGUCUUGUCACCAGACUGUACUUGAACUACAAAGCUUUUCUUCAACAGGAAACUUGGUACAAUCCGAUUUCACACUUGAGCACAGAUCUUACUGUAUGUGUAUAGUUUAAAUCCCUGAACAGACACAUCGCAUUUCUGUGCAGAUGACAUGUUUUUGGUGGUGUUCAAAAGUGAAAGAGCUUUGUGAUUGACAUUUCUUUAUAGGAAUUUAUGUAACUUUUUCAGUUUUCUUUUGA